CUCCGCCGCCGCGGUAGACUCGUCGGCACAGGCCUCGGACGGCGAGGAGGCACCCGAGUCGAAGCCGGUUUUUCCUCCCAGUUUUUCCUCCUCGGAAGUCGUCGUCGUCGUCGUCGUCGUCGUCGUCGUCGUCGUCGUCGUCGUCGUCGUCGUCGUCGUCGUCGUCGUCGUCGUCGUCGACGACGACGCGACGCGUCGGACCGAUCACGGGCGCGAAGCGCGCGCACAUCUCCUCCGUGACGUCCGGCGCCGCGUCGUCGUCGCGGAGGAGCACGACGAAGCGCCUGCGCGAGAGGGUCGGGGGGCGCGCGCGCGGCGUCGGGUUCAGAGAGGAGACGCGACGCGGAGAGAAGAAGAGGAGCGGUCACCUGGGAGCGUCGUCGUCGUCGCCGUCGUCGACGACGCCGUCCGCGACGGUCUCGGUCGCGUUCCCCCGCGCCGCGUCGGCGUCGGGGGCGAAGAGAAGGACCGCGAGGAGCGACGCGAGGACGAGCGAGACGCGCGCCAUGGCUGGCGGCGGCGCGGGCGCGAACUGCGCCGCGGCCUCGAGAGACGCGUCGAGGGAAUAGAAACUCACCGCAGUGACAGGCCGCGCGGGCGUGGGCUCGGCUUCUGUUUCUGUUAGGGCGCGCCCUUCGCGAACGAGCCGUCCGACGCGAUCGCCAGUGUCCCCGGACGCGACGCGCGAUCGUCACGAUGCCCGCUGCCGCGAAGAAGGCGAAGACCGCCGCGGGCGCGGGCGGCGGCGCGGUCCUCCCCGGACAGCCCGUCCAGGCGCCGUCCGCGCACCCGCAGCAGGCCGCGCACCCGCAGCAUCAGCAGCAGCCCGCCGCGCCUCAGGCGCCUCCGCAGCAGCGUCCUCCGCCCUCGCAGCAGAUGCCCGGCGCGCCGGUCGCCGCGGUCGCCGCGAAGCAGGCGCAGGUGCAGGCGCAGGCGGCCGCGGUCGCGGCCUCGCAGGCGGCCGCGCGCUUGCCGCUGCGCCAGCGCUCGAGGGCGGACCUCGAGAAGGAGAUCCGCUCGAAUCAGGCGCGUUCGAGUCGCGCUGGUCCCCACGCGACCGCGUCGUCGGCGCGGUGA